CACCAACCGAAUCAUAUGCAGAUAUUGGUGGUUUAGAGCAACAAAUUCAAGAAAUUAAAGAAUCUGUGGAAUUACCUUUGACUCAUCCCGAACUUUACGAAGAAAUGGGAAUCAAACCUCCAAAAGGAGUCAUUUUAUAUGGGAUACCAGGAACUGCAGUGGCAAAUCAAACUUCUGCAACAUUCUUACGCGUUGUGGGAUCAGAAUUAAUUCAAAAAUAUCUUGGGGAUGGUCCAAAACUUGUACGUGAAUUGUUUCGUGUAGCCGAAGAACACGCACCAUCGAUUGUAUUUAUUGACGAAAUUGAUGCUAUUGGAACAAAACGUUACGACUCAAAUUCAGGUGGUGAAAGAGAAAUCCAAAGAACUAU